AUGACCCAAAAAAACACUGAUAGCAACAAAACAGUUCCAAAGACAUCGUAUAACCCUGCUGUUCACAAGACAUCGUAUAACCCUGCAGUUCCAAAGACAUCGUAUAACCCUGCAGUUCACAAGACAUCGUAUAACCCUGCUGUUCCAAAUACAUCGUAUAACCCUGCUGUUCCAAAGACAUCGUACAACCCUGCAGUUCCCAAGACAUCGUAUAACCCUGCAGUUCCAAAGACAUCGUAUAACCCUGCAGUUCCCAAGACAUCGUACAACCCUGCAGUUCCCAAGACAUCGUACAACCCUGCAGUUCCCAAGACAUCGUAUAACCCUGCAGUUCCCAAGACAUCGUACAACCCUGCAGUUCCCAAGACAUCGUAUAACCCUGCAGUUCCCAAGACAUCGUACAACCCUGCAGUUCCCAAGACAUCGUAUAACCCUGCAGUUCCCAAGACAUCGUAUAACCCUGCAGUUCCCAAGACAUCGUAUAACCCUGCAGUUCCAAAGACAUCGUAUAACCCUGCAGUUCCCAAGACAUCGUAUAACCCUGCAGUUCCAAAGACAUCGUAUAACCCUGCAGUUCCAAAGACAUCGAAUAACCCUGCAGUUCCCAAGACAUCGUAUAACCCUGCAGUUCCAAAGACAUCGUAUAACCCUGCAGUUCCCAAGACAUCGUAUAACCCUGCUGUUCCAAAGACAUCGUAUAACCCUGCAGUUCCCAAGACAUCGUAUAACCCUGCAGUUCCCAAGACAUCGUAUAACCCUGCUGUUCCAAAGACAUCGUAUAACCCUGCAGUUCCAAAGACAUCGUAUAACCCUGCUGUUCCAAAGACAUCGUAUAACCCUGCAGUUCCAAAGACAUCGUAUAACCCUGCUGUUCCAAAGACAUCGUAUAACCCUGCAGUUCCAAAGACAUCGUAUAACCCUGCAGUUCCCAAGACAUCGUAUAACCCUGCUGUUCCAAAGACAUCGUAUAACCCUGCAGUUCCAAAGACAUCGUAUAACCCUGCUGUUCCCAAGACAUCGUAUAACCCUGCAGUUCCAAAGACAUCGUAUAACCCUGCAGUUCCCAAGACAUCGUAUAACCCUGCAGUUCCAACCCUGCUGUUCCAAAGACAUCUUCCCAAGACAUCGUAUAACCCUGCAGUUCCCAAGACAUCGUACAACCCUGCAGUUCCAAAGACAUCGUAUAACCCUGCAGUUCCCAAGACAUCGUAUAACCCUGCUGUUCCAAAUACAUCGUAUAACCCUGCAGUUCCAAAGACAUCGUAUAACCCUGCUGUUCCAAAGACAUCGUAUAACCCUGCAGUUCCAAAGACAUCGUAUAACCCUGCAGUUCCAAAGACAUCGUACAACCCUGCAGUUCCCAAGACAUCGUAUAACCCUGCAGUUCCAAAGACAUCGUAUAACCCUGCUGUUCCAAAGACAUCGUACAACCCUGCAGUUCCCAAGACAUCGUAUAACCCUGCAGUUCCAAAUACAUCGUAUAACCCUGCUGUUCCAAAGACAUCGUAUAACCCUGCAGUUCCAAAGACAUCGUAUAACCCUGCAGUUCCCAAGACAUCGUAUAACCCUGCAGUUCCAAAGACAUCGUAUAACCCUGCUGUUCCAAAGACAUCUUCCAACCCUGCUGUUCCAAAGACAUCGUAUAACCCUGCAGUUCCCAAGACAUCGUACAACCCUGCAGUUCCAAAGACAUCGUAUAACCCUGCAGUUCCCAAGACAUCGUAUAACCCUGCAGUUCCCAAGACAUCGUAUAACCCUGCAGUUCCCAAGACAUCGUAUAACCCUGCUGUUCCAAAGACAUCGUAUAACCCUGCAGUUCCCAAGACAUCGUAUAACCCUGCAGUUCCAAAGACAUCGUAUAACCCUGCUGUUCCCAAGACAUCGUAUAACCCUGCUGUUCCAAAGACAUCGUAUAACCCUGCAGUUCCCAAGACAUCGUAUAACCCUGCAGUUCCCAAGACAUCGUAUAACCCUGCAGUUCCAAAGACAUCGUAUAACCCUGCAGUUCCCAAGACAUCGUAUAACCCUGCUGUUCCAAAGACAUCGUUUUGGUUGAUAUAA